GAGAACGGCCGCGUCCGGUUUCGCGGGGAAGGUUUAGGCAGCCGUACUCAGGCCCAGACUUCCAGUUCCGGUUCUCGGGUUCGAUAGGCCGUAGUCGCUAUGGAGGAACCGGAGAUGCAACUCAAGGGGAAGAAAGUCACGGACAAGUUCACUGAGAGCGUCUACGUCCUGGCCAAUGAGCCAUCUGUGGCCCUGUACCGGCUGCAGGAACAUGUGCGCCGCUCUCUGCCAGAGCUGGCCCAGCAUAAGGCUGACAUGCAGCGGUGGGAGGAGCAGAGCCAGGGAGCCAUCUACACAGUGGAGUAUGCCUGCAGCGCUGUGAAGAACCUUGUGGACAGCAGCGUCUACUUCCGCAGUGUGGAGGGUCUCCUCAAACAGGCCAUCAGCAUCCGAGACCACAUGAAUGCCGCCACCCAGGGCCACAGGUAGCUCCUGCAACCACCCACCCCUGUUGCUCAGCCUCCUCACUGGAAGGACCUUCGCCACUCAGCCGGGAACUGCUGCUUCUUACUCCUUAGCCAGCUCCCUUUCCUCAUCUCAUGGUGUCCAAUGGCUUCUUCUCAUUUGACAUCUGUGGUGGGAGAAUUCAGUCACUCAGCACCCGGGUCCUGAGCUCUGCUGUGUGUCCGGCCCUGGGCUGGGUGUUGGGGACACAGAGGUGACCAGGACAGGCGUGCCCCUGAUCUCAUGGGGAGACACACAGCAAUCAGGUAAACAUGGAACGGACCAGAGCAUUUCAGACAUGUGCAAAGGGGAGAAAAGGGAGACGGCGGAGGUGUGAGCAGAGGCCUGAAAGACUUACGAUGGAAAUGGCCAAGGUGGUGUUCCUGGUGGGGCAGUGGUGAGGGCACAGGCCCUGGGGCUGGGGAGGGGUGUGUUGGAGGCCGGUGUGGCUGGAGCAGUUGAGCGGGGGUAGAAGGGGGUCGUGGAGGUGGGCAGCAGGGUGGGUACCCAGAGCAGAUGGAGACUUGGAGCCGAGAACCGGAUGGAGUAAAAAGGCAAAGCACUUAUAGUCCUGGCACACUGGGGAGAGAGUUUUUGGGGAAGGAACUCUUUGUUUUCAUUAUAACUUAAUAAACACGUGUUUGAACACA